ACUGCAUGAAUCCACAAUCAGAUUAUAAGACCGUUCGACAAUCUGCUAAAGAUGCUCUCAAACGUAUCGAGCAGAUUGCUCCAUCAUCAUCGGAAACAUUUUCCAUUCUUAUUCGUAGGAUUAGUUUGACAAUUAUUAAUAAGGAUUUAAUACCUUUUCUUGUGACUAAGCUCAAAUCGGCACACUCCGAAUUACAAAAUGAAAACUCUAUUGUUGCACAUGAGUUGUUUAAGGAUAUUUCAUCUAGAUUUCCUGCAAUUCUUAAACCACACGUUGACCAAUUAAUAAGAGCGCUUAAGGAAGAUGAUGAUUUGCUAAUAGUUGACGAUAGUUUGGAAGCUCUUUCUAAAUUGUCAAUAGCUUUUCCCGACGAAACACCGCAAGAUAAGGAAUCUAUACAACGCCUUAUGGAUUAUGCCCUUGAAGGGUCUUGCCUCCAAGCUAAAUUUGCUGCUAUUGUGUUAAGCCACAUUCGUCACAAACAACAAAUAUGUGGCGAGUUAUUAAAAAAAAUUGUGCCAAAACUUUCGAUAACGUCUCCGAACAUUUUAGCCCAUUUAUCUGUGCUAAGCCAAUGUGCACUUUAUUCUCCAAAAAUAUAUGAAGAAAAGGGCGAUGCUAUAACUAAUUUCAUUGUUAAACAACUCAUCAUGAAAUCAAAUCAUAAAGCUAUUGAAUCCGAAGUUGAUUGGGUUGACGAUGAUGAGCUUGACGAUGAGUGUAAAGCAAAGGUGCUUGGCUUAAAAGUCCUUGUUAACCGUUCAGUGGCUGUUUCUGAAACAGAGGUAGCGGCCAAUGUUGCAAUGCCGGUUUUCAAAUUGCUAUGGACGUUGAUCCGUGGAGGUGGCGAGAUCCUUCCAGAUAAAUCUACCAGUCGCUUGCGCUUGGCUGCCGCGCGGUCUAUAUUGAAGCUGACUCAAAAGAAAAUUUAUGAUGGAAUGAUAACUGUUGAGCAAUUUCAAGAACUGGCUUUAAUGAUACAAGAUCCAUGUUAUCAAGUUCGCUUGGCAUUUGCAUCUCGCCUUGUAAAAUAUUGUGGCGGAUAUCAACUUCAUGCACGAUUUUUAUCCAUUUUCUUUUUGAUUGCACAUGAUCCAAUGAAAGAAAUUAAAGAUAUGGUAAAAGUGUUCUUGAUCAGAUAUUCACAAACUGCUAGAACAAUUCGCAGUGAUAAUUCUAUGCUUAUUGAUAUGACGUUAGUCCGGUUAAUCCAUCUUCUUUCACAUCACCCUGACUUUUCCUGUGAACCUGCAGGCCUCCGUGAAUUCACCGUAUAUAUUAACUUCUUCCUGGACACAAUCGCCGAUCGAGAAAACAUACAAUUUUUAUUUCACAUUGCUACACGACUAAAGCAAGUUCGCGAUGCUCAAUCUCUGGAUCAGUGCGAGAAUAUAUAUACGUUAAGCGAUUUAACCCAAUAUCUUAUCCAAGCUAAGUGUAAAGCACAUUCAUGGUCAUCAGCUUCUUUUCCUGGUCAAUCACAACUUCCUCCGGAGUUAUUCAAAAAUAUACCUAAUGCCGAGGUGGCAUCUGAGAUAAUGAAAAAAAAUUAUAUUCCAAAUGAGUUCUUGAAAGAACUAGAAAAAACACAUGGAUCUUCGCAAAUUAGAAGCGAAAAGGCAAGUAAAAAAGGUCGUCCGAAAUCUACUGUCCAAACUCCCACGAAGAAGCGCAAAGUCAAUCCAGAAUCUCCUACCAGAAC